AAUUAGCUGCUGUAAGAGGAUUAAGUUGCCGGGUCACAAUUUUAUAUGACCCCUUCCUCGUAAAAGAAAAUAAAAAAAUAGGAUGACUCAAGCACAUUAGAAAUUCUCUUUCUGCUAUGGAUAUUUUCCAAACCACUGUCACCGCCAGCACAUUGCUAAUCCAGUUUCUGGGGGCUUGCAGCGAAUUCUCAUCCGAAGCGGAAUCUCUAAAAACACAAUUGGAGUGGGACCUGCGAGCAUUGAGGGUAGCUCAAGACGUCUUAAUGAAAAUUAAAGAUGGAGGCCAGCAGCUGUCAGCUGACGACGCUGAUCUAGUGAAACGGACAUCAGAAUAUCUCCAUAACCUCACAAACAAAGUUAAUAGAAGUCUCAAGAGGACUGGACGCAGAGGCUGGCUAUAUAGUACUAUUAAUAAGGGCACAUGGAUAGCGAGGCGACCUCAAUUGCAGGACAUGCAAAAAGAAAUCCACGAGUGGACAGUAAGAUUAGAUGUACGGCUCUUGGCACUCAUAGGGGAAUUUGGAAUUAGUAUCCCUACCAUCUAUGAUAAAACCAAUUCCCAAUCAUCAGCGGUAUUCGGGAGCAACAAUAAACUCCAGGAAUUUCUCACUCUUUCGUCAAUUGCGAAGUCAUCACGAACCAACGCUACACUGCUAGAUGAUCCGGAUGGGCUCAUAUCCAGGAUCGAGUCAACUAGGGAUAUUUCCUCACUUCCAUUCCAUGAUGGCACCCAGCAAAUGCUUUUUUCCUGUCGAGGGGUUUCAGCAAGCAUUUCACAAGGAACAUCAGCUUUCGAAAAGCUCGUAUCUGAGAUGGGCGAACUUGCCGCAGCACUGCACUGCCUGGAUCCUUCUACGGACGUUCGACUUCUCAAAGUGAAGUACUACUUUUAUCAUCCGGAUAUGAGGCAAUUCCUCUUCGCCCAGAUUCCGCCAUACUCUUUUCAUUGUAUGAUGACCCUGGAAGAGCUUAUCAUGUACAAUGCAUUUCCCAGAACCGAAACGACCCUCGACGAGUGUUUCAAGAUUGCAUACAAGCUAGCUGAGGCUGUCUUCUUCCUCCACACUGCAGGGUUCUGCCAUAAGAAUAUCACAUCUCGGAGCAUCGUUAUUCUUCGACGGUUCGAUAUGAAGCAUGGAGAAACGACCAUCCCUAUAACCGACGAAGCAUACCUGAUGGGACUUGAUCUGAUUCGCGGAACAGAUGCGCUAACUUAUGGGGAAGGCGUAGUUGGUGAACGGGAUAGUGACCCAUCAAGAAGCAUCUGGGAUUUUGAUAUUUUUCAACACCCGGAUCGGCUUAAGGGGAGCAACAGCGCGAGAUACAACAAAACAUACGAUAUAUAUAGCUUGGGUGUUGUGCUUCUUGCCAUAGGAUUCUGGGAACCACUUUCGAAAAUAUUAGAACCACAUGCAAUUGACAAAAGCAACCCAGCCAGUUGGGCCCAACAGUUAUCCCAGGUUGCGCCAAACCUGCGGUUUAGGGUAGGACAGAAGUACCGACGCGUCGUACAGUGGUGUAUCGAGUUAUCAGGAGAGCGAAUAAUUAAAAAUGCCGAAUUCAUCCAGGAGGUAUUGGAUCCACUCGAGGAGAUGAUGAACGCUCUGGGCUAGUGAUGUAAAACAUUACUGCAUACGUUUUUGUCGAAUAUUAGGAGGUAGUAGUAGGUAGAUAUAAUGGGUUAGGUUACAUAGGUAGGUUAGGAGGUAGUUAUGGUAAACUCAACUCAUCAUUUACAGCGGAAAUUCUGAAAUUAGGGUUUUGCAUCGGUGAAUUCAAGCCAAGACUCGGUGUAAGCUCUAUCGGAUAAUCCAAUAUGACACAGCAGCAGCAUUUUUAUAUGUACUAAUUGGGUAUAUAUCCGCUUUCAUGCAAUUAAAGGAUGGUACUAAUACGGAUAAAUCGUUUC